AUGGCUCUCAAGCGGUGUCUGCUCCUCCUCUGGCAUGCCAAUCUGGCACUGGCUGAUGGAGCGGGCCUAAUCGGCUUGGGAAAGCACAUGUACAAACCGGCAUGUGCAUUUGCCUGCCGUGGAGUCAUCAGAAGCUGCCCUCUUUCCUGCACGCCGGAGGAGGGAGGUGAUGUUCACGGCAUGGGGCACUCGACAUCCACGACACCUCCUGAGUGUUAUACCAGCGACCCAUCCUUCCUGCGUACCAUGGCCAUGUGUAUCAACACUUACUGCCCUAUAAGUGAUGCACCCUCGCUAAGCUCGCUGGAGGACUACUGGGCUACCCACCUGGCUACAGGUUCCGUCGGUAGCCCCGAAUGGAAACCGGUUAUCUCGUACACGGAAGCUCUCAUUGCAGCACGAGAGGACGAGUCGACUGCCGAGGAAAAAGCACAAAAUUCCACCGCCAGUAGUUCCCAUCAACACAAGCUGCGCCGUGAGAUCAAAGCUCGCUAUGGCGGCCAUAUGGAGGAGUCGGCUGAGGACACCACAAUUCAAGUCGACAGUCCGCUGCCCAUUAUUGCCUCCGGAGAGCCACUUAAUGUGACAAGUUUUGUCCUUGCUUCAGACUGGCAGAUCCAGUAUAAUGGAAUGACGUCGUUUGAAAUCAACGAGAAUGGCCAUACAGUGUACACCGUUACAGUCAUGUUCGUGGCCCUAUUCCUUCCAGUCCUUUUGUCUCUCCUUCGCUUCGUGCCGCUCCUCAACAGAAGUCGCACAUGGGCAUGGCUCAAUUCGACUCUCAUCCAUCCACCGGCAUGGGGAUCAUCUCAUCGCACACCGGUUUCCUCUUACCUUGGCGGCGGUCUGAUGCCAACUCGAGGCCAGCUUCUCUACAUCGCCCUUAUCAGUCUUCUCAAUUUUAUCUUUCUUCUGGCGCCUUAUUAUACAAUUCAGCCCCAAAGCAACUUUGCCAGCCUGCAGGAACAGGAAAUCAGCCUCAUAGGGAAUCGCGCUGGAGUGCUUGCACUUGGAAACAUGGUGGCACUCUUUGUCUUUUCAUCGCGCAACAAUGUGCUCCUAUAUUUGACGGACUGGAGCAGUGGGACAUUUCUGUUGCUCCAUCGGUGGCUAGGGUAUUGGACUAUCCUACUCACGGCGCUGCACUCUAUUAUGCUUUUGGUCUACUACCUUCGAUUUGGAGACUACGAGUCCGAGUUUACCAAGCUAUAUUGGUCCUGGGGUAUCGUCGGAACCGUGGCUGCGGUAGCCAUUUGGCCAGCGUCCCUCCUUGUGGUGCGUCAAAAAGCUUACGAGCUGUUCUUGGUUACUCAUCAAGUUCUGGCCUUGCUUUUCCUCAUCGGUUUCUACUACCACAUAUGGUACUGCUUUACGUACAACUGGGGCUAUGAGAUAUGGAUGUUCAUCGCAUCUGGAAUCUGGGCCGUUGAGCGCCUCACGGCAGCCAUCUCGCCUGUCGAAGGCUCGCAGGGAGAGUACAUGCGUGUUGUCAUCGACGGGGUCUCUGUGCAAGGCGUUGUAUAUCUUUGUUUCCCUACGCUGUCGUGGCGAUUCUGGGAGACUCACCCCUUCUCGGUGGCUUCGUCGCACUCCUGCGAGACCUUACCGGCUGUCUCGAGCGUUUUGAACAGGGACGAAACUGUCGACUUUGACUUAGAGAAGACUGCCACGGACCGAAUCACUCGAGCGGAAGAAAAGUCCCCAGCGGCUUCAUUGGAAGAGCCACAGACAUCACCGACAGCUGUCAAAAUCUCCAACAGCGCCAAGUUUCUGGUGCGGACACGGUCAGGAAUGACGAGUCGCAUUGCUGCCAGGCUAGCAGCUUCCACAGGCUCGAUCCGCUUGCCAGUCCUAAUUGAGGGCUCCUAUCAUUCGACGCACCUUACACAACUGGCCAACUGCAACUCCCUUGUGUGUAUUGCGGGAGGUGUGGGGAUUACUACGGUGCUGCCUCUUCUUCAAACCAGGGGUCUGCGGCCGGCGCGUGUUUUUUGGGGUCUGCGCGACGAUUCCCUGCGAAAAGGGCUCUUGGCGGACAUUUCCGGUCUUCCAUCUAGUGUUGAUGUCGUUGUCAGCAUUGGGGAGCGUCUAGACAUUGGAACCAUCAUUGGCGAUGAGCUGGCUGGCGUCGAUGGAAGCAGUGGUCCAGUUGGUAUCCUCGUUUCUGGGCCACCUGGAAUGGCGGAUGAUGUACGCAUGGCAGUGUCGAGAAUGGGGCGCUCGGGACAACUUGAGACGAGCUUUAUCCUUGUAGAUGAGGGUUUUAGUUGGUAG